AUGGCAUUAGAAUCUGAUGCUUUAUGCAAGAUGUUCUCUGUUUACAACUUUCUGAAUGGAACUCAGUACGAGUUGUUAUCAUGCCAUGCAGAAGCACAGGAACAUCUGGUUAUAGCCGUUCCACAUGUUAAGACGAGUACGGAGAUGGCAAAAAUCGUGAGAACUCUAUUUUUCGGUGAGAUUUAUGGUGAAGAUGUUCGUCGGAAUGGUUGGAUUGUGGGUACGAUGAAAUCUUCCCCGUGA